GGUGAGGGCGUUGACGUCAGAGGUAAACAAACGUGAGGAGAAUCUUACUAGGGGGAGCAAUGACACUUGUUCAUCUUCACGCGUCUAUAUUGUUAAAACAUAGUUGAUGAUGGGUGUGGAGGAAAGUGGGAGUGUGUGUCCCCGAUCCUGCCAACCUCUUCCCGUGCUCUAGUGAUGGUGUGUCCUCAUCCCUGUGUCCCUCAUGGACCUCACACCAGACCUCGGUCUGAGCAAUCAUCAGCUGGCAAGAAGUGGGAGUCAUACCCGUAGUCUGUCAGUCUCAGACUUAUCCCUCGCUUCACUUCUCCCUGAGACUGUCAAUGAAACUAUUGUUAAUGGCACUUAUUGACAGAAAUCUCAACAAGGAGACAGCGAUCAACAGAAACCAUGCUGGUGCAAUGGGUUGCUGGGAUGAAUUACCAAGAAAAUCCUACAGUCUUCCUCACCGCUACAAAACCCAUCUCGUUGGUGGGUGGCGCGGGUUGGGAAGAGAUUGCUCAAAUAGUCCCUCCAUACCACCCAUCUCCCCCUCAGAGUUCAAGCAUCAGUUCACACUCAUGAGACAGUGGUUCAACAGCUUCACCGAUGAGCAGAAGAACCGGGUCUUAGCUGAGUUACUGGAACACAUUGGUCCAAGCCAGCUGCACCUCCUCUCAGUUGCCAUUGGAGGUCGACUGCACCAUGGUUGUCCGCCCAACUGCCACAACCCCAUUGGCUGGCUCCCUCCUGGUCUCGCCCUCACUAUUUUCUCCUAUCUUGAUCCAGUGUCCUUGGCUCAGGCGUCACAGGUUUGCAGAACUUGGUAUAGCUUGGCCUCACGGGACUGCCUAUGGCGAAAUCUUUCCCUUCACCAUGAAUGGCAACUUUCACUGUCUUCCCACAACAAGCAGUUAGCUCGCUGCUUACACAGGGAUGGCUCUGUAGAUUGGAAACAGGUAUUUGUUGAGCGCUACCGACUCCAUCGUAAUUGGCUGGGAGCUCACUGCCAUGUACGGACUUUUGAAGGUCACACGGAAGGUGUUUCGUGUGUCCAGUUUGAUGAUCAUCGAAUAGUUUCUGGUUCACAUGACAAUACUAUAAAGGUGUGGAACAUGCGGACAUUCCGGUGGUCUGUACAGACACUGGUGGGUCACUCUGGCAUGGUGCGUUGUCUCCACUUGGCUGACAAUCGGCUUGUUAGUGGCUCAGCUGAUGCUACAAUAAAGGUUUGGGACGUAGAGGAAACCAGUCAAUGGUCAUCAAUUAACUGCAAAGUCACAAUGAUUGGCCACUCUUCAACUGUCCGCUGCCUUCAGGUUGAUGGGGAGCGUGUGGUAAGUGGCAGCUAUGAUCACCUGUUAAAGGUAUGGGCGUUGGCUUCAGGCGAGUGUCUACGCACCCUCGCCGGACAUCAGGCACCUGUGCUCACCGUUGCCUUUGAUGACAAUAAGAUUAUUUCCGGUGCAGCUGAUAAAACUAUUAAGGUUUGGCAGCUAGAUUCUGGUCAGUGCCAGAAGACACUAGGCCACGAAGACGCUGUAACCACACUAACCUAUGAUAACACUACCAUUAUUUCCGGCUCUCUUGACUGCACUAUCCGCCUUUGGUGCCUCUCCUCUGGCCAGUGUCUGGGUGUCCUUGAUUGGAUGUCCAGCGAGGGUCAUACAGGUGUGAUACGAUGCCUGGCUGCCGACUCAAGGCGAAUUGUGAGUGCUUCCGAUGAUAAAACAAUUAAGGUAUGGGACCGUGAAUCUCGUCGCCGGUUAGUGACUCUGAGGAACCACACCGAUGGCGUCACGUGCCUCGCCUUCAACGAUCACGUGAUAGUAAGCGGGUCUUACGAUAAGACUGUCAAACUUUGGGAUUUCAGUGUGUGCUAAGUUUUCCUUAAUAUCUUAUGAGGGAAGAACUUGAUCAGUGUAAGUAGUUGUGCAAGUGUCUAUCAAAUUUAGGAUAAAUUGUUUGUUAAAGCAUAACUGCUUCUCACCCAAAUUUUUUUUAAUGCUUGGCUUAUGUUGGGUUUUUUCCUGAAGGUGUGUGACUGUCUUGUGUGAAUUAGUUCAGAAGUGUGAAUUGAUUUUUAUUAUUGUAAAAGAGCAUGUUUAAUAAUCAUUUCAUGGGCAUAACUAUUUUAUUAUGUCACUAAUGGAGCAGUGACAUUCUCUUUAAUUGCCUGCUUAGUACAAGUUGAGUCUUCUCUUCAUGAGCCAAUUACUUGUAUCUUUUUAAUUGGAGAUCUUAAAAUGCCUGAGUGAGUCCUUAUGUUGAGGGUGGUGGUGCGAGGCAGGUAUGAAUAUUGACUGAAAGAUAUAAAGAUCAUUUUUAUAAAGCUCUUUGGUUUAUGGCAUUGUGUAAUAGUAAGAAGCUGUACGGCAGAAGUAUCCAGCCAAUGUCUAUGACUUAUAGGUACUGUAGCUCAUCUUUCUCUGCCUCACUGUAAACUUCAUUAAUCUGAUGCAAGAAGAUGUUUGAAACUAUGUAUUGUGUCUCUUGUACAGAGUACCAGAAGCAUGGCACAGUGUAACGGUUGUAUGAUACUGUGUGUGUGUAUUGAGUGUCUGUAGUACAAUGAUGUAAUGGAUGGCAUGACAUUUGAGUAUGUAUGGUACAAUUGUAAUGAAUGUUUGGUAUAACAUAUUGAGUGUGUGUAUGGUGGUACAGUGUAAUACUGUGCUGUAUGCUGUAAAUGUUUGAUACAAUGCUGUAGUUGUACAAUUUACAAUUUAAUGGUUGUGUGUGUGUGGUACUGUAAUAUAAUGGGUGCAUGUUACAAUGACAUGGAUAUAUGGUACAAUGUAAUGGAUGUUGUUCAGUAACAUAUGAAUUGGUUCACCUUCCAACUUCAGGAUAUUGACAGCAUUUUAUUUUAUUUGACCCUUAUCUCUUGUUGAUAAAUCCCAUCCCAUCGGUAUUGCACCAGACCAGUUCGUCCAAUUCUCUGUAUAGGACGUAGACAGGCAGCUGUUUUUGUUUUGUUUUAAGUUAUUUUUAAAUUUUUAUAAAGUAAUUCACCAGAUGUUGAACCAAUUUUAAUCUACCUCACUACUCACAUGACUUGUUUAAUAGUUAUUUUCUUGCCUUAUAAUUCUUGCAUCAGUGUAUCGUUAUUUCCCUACGUAGCAGAGUUCAGUGAAUUGUUCUCCCUUCCUGUACAGUAUACAGAACUCAGUGCAUCAGGUUUUUUUUUGUGAGUGUUUGAAUGUGUUUUUUUUUUCUUCUAGUGCGUUAUUCCCUACAGUUGAGUUCGCACAUUAUUUUCAUAGACACAAUAGAGUUCAUGUAUCAUUUCUUCCUACUCAAAAGAA